AUGGCUCCGAGGCCAGAGGCAGGGAGGCACGAUGUCUUUCCACAUCAAUCUACUGCUUAUAAUGAUGACUGUACCGUAAAGGAAAUCCAGUUGGAUGCGUUGGAACAUACGCUCGAUGAGUUCUCGAAACUACUACUUCUAAAGGAACCACCUCUUGAGGAAACUACUAAAGAGGCACGAGUCAUCAAAGAGGAGAUUGUACAGAGCUCUACUUCUGAGGACAGAGAAUCAAUCUCGAACCUUUUUGCUGAAGAAGAAAAUGCUCUAGAUGAUAUUUUGAAUGAGUUUAUGACACUUGUUCGUGAAGAAGCAGAAGAAGAAGAAAGAGACGACCGAAAGUCGGAAUGCCAUCUCAAGGUAGACAACAAGGAAUCGCGUAUCCGUCCUCCCGUGUCGGAAGAAUACAUUACGUCUGCAUCGGCAAGGAGCGUGGGAGGUGACGACGAAAAUGACGUUGGUCCGUUCACAACGGGUCUCGUCGAAAGUCAUGGACCAUUACUACUUGUCGAAUCAUCAAAGAAGCCGCUCGACGUUAUUUUUCUUGAGGGCACUGAGGCCAAGAACGAUCAAUAUGCCCUUCAAUCAUCCAAAUCUAUCGACUCUAUUUGCACAAUGGAUCUACCUCUGCACUCGAAGAACGAGGCCGAAGAGUCGGUAUUUUUCUCAAACUUCUGGCAAUGUGAUGCGAUGACGCCAUUGCAUACGUUGUUGGAAACCAACGAAGCAGCACAAAUCAAGGAUGAUGAUUCUCUUAGCUCUCUUCGACGACGGUAUAAGAAAGAAACAGUCCCCCAAGCAAUAUUGAACAUCAUGCUGAUCCGGCGGGAACCCCUCGAAAUCGACUUUCCAAUGCUUUUGCAGCAGUUGGAGGAAGGGGUGAACGAUGGCUCGUCAUCUGCCGAAAAUGCGGAUAAGCACAGCUCCUAUUUUUCAUACAUGUAUAAUCUAGUGACGUCAACGCCACCCUUAGUGUUGACACAGGCAACAACUGAGGUGAUGGAUGGCCCAAAAACAUCAGAGGAGGGCUCAACGGCAAACGAAGCGAUUGAAUGUCGCAAGCAAGUCAACGAGAUAUCAGUUUCUCUGACGAAUGCAAGCACAUCUGAACUUCUCGAAACAAGACAAAUAAUGCAGACCGCCAGUGUAGGGCAUGAGCCCUCUGAUCAGCAGUUUGAGGAUAGAAAUGAUUGUAUCCACACGGAGGCUCAUCUUGAACAUGAUCCAAAUCUCUGUACCACUGAAGAAGAAUGUCGCGAGGAGAUCGAGAUUACACGGUACGACGACGAUCACUCCCAAGAAGUUUCUCGUGACAAGCCUGAGUCGCUGGUGAAAAUUCCCCUACCCACUAUCUCAUCGCCACUUGAACAUGAACUGACUAAAUUUACCCAGUGCAUCAUUGAUGCACCAAUUUCUGAAGACACAAGUACUUCUUCCACUGAUGACAACUACCAGCAACUGCCUUAUCCGAUCUUUACCAAAUUCGACCUCGAUGAUGACGACGGUGAGAUUCCAGUAGAUGACGACGCGGAAUACUUCGAGACAAUGGAGACACCCAGGGUUCGAAAUUGUCGCAAUCACGAUGCAAAGUCUACAGCAUUCACUUCUGUUGGAUCCAACGUGUGGGGCCAGUGGCCCUUUUUCUCAAAGUAUGGUGAUCCAGAGGAAAUGGUCCUUCAACCUCUUCAUCCACAGCAGGACAAGCCUUCAGGGUUCAUUCUGCAACAAGAUACUGAUCUCUCGACUCUUAGUGGGAGCUUUUCACUGUCCGAGUUUGCAGCUUCCGAUUCUCCUUAUCUAAUGAGAUUACUUAAUCGGAAUGACCACUCCAACGGGGAAGCUGCGGCAGAUUACGCCUGGUUUCAGACAUCUUUGGAUAACCAAGAACGAAUAGAUGCAUCAACCGGUGAUAAAUGCGACGAUUCACAUUACUUUGACCAAUCUUGGGGGCUUGAGCAACUCGAACAUGCCUACGAUGAGUUUGCCGAGGAUCACAGAAAUGAUAUGAUCCGGUACAGCAGGAAUAAAUACCAUAGAGAGAGUCUCAAUGGCGAAAACACGAAGGGGGGAAGACUCGAAUCGCCAAAAAAUAAUGCAGCUGGUGCAUUUUCAUUUGAAGGGGCUUUCGAAACUAGAGACAGCACUCUGCCCAAUGAUAUUGUUAUUCACAAAGAAAUUGCGGACGGCUUGUCUUUUUCUGUGAGUACAGUCAGCAAUGGGAGCAACUUCUGUGGAGGUAAUUCCUGGGGAAAGAAACGGGACUAUCCGACGAUUCCUAGCAACAACAAAAACAUAGUGAACAAAAUCCUUCUUGAGAAUUGCCCAUCAGAUGCAACAGAACAAGUUAGCUACUCCAGUGGAAGCCUUUUGCAUAAAGUGAACUCAAUAGUGGACGCCAGUAAGGGCCUCCUCAACCAGAUUCUUGUGGGAACAGAAUAA